GAGGAAUUAACACCAAGCAAUGAAAGAAAGUGACGGAAAAUAGCUUCCCUGGGCGGAGAGAGAUAACGAGCUCUCAUUCCCAUCAAGCAUUCAAUUCCCUCUCUCUCCCUCGUUCCAUCUCCGUAAACUUCUUCCAUUAGUGCACAAAAACAGCAAAACUAAAACCUAACGGUCCUUCAAGAAGGCCUUCGUUUCCUCUCUUCACGCUUUUUACCUUCCCCAUUUUCUUCCUUUCCAAUCACACAAUCAUCUCGCCGCCUCCCACGCUUCCAAUUUCUACAAAAUUUCCUUGUUUGGAUGAUUCACCCUUUGCGAUCGUGCUUUAAAGCGUCGCUGCUGCUGAGUCUUCGUCGCCGGCGAAUUCCAGAGAGAGGUGGGGCAAAUAUAAGAGGAAUGCGAAAUGAGCUCACAGCAACAGCAGCAGCGGCAGGCGAUAGUUAAGGACCUAGUGGAGGAGGCCAAGAAGAGAUUUGUGGUUCUGGCAAUUUGCGUCGUCGGUUUAUCCUAUCUCAUGUCUCGUAAGUUCUGAAUAGCUCGGCAAUGGAGGUUUUGAUGGUUGAAUUGCGUUUCCUCAAAGCUCUGCGGAGAAGUAGAGGUUUAUUUGGUAGAAUGUACAUGCUGACAUGCUUCCAAUUCAUUCCUCUCUCUGCGUGUCAUGGUAAUAGGUCUGAGUUUGAGGCUUCACCAUUAUGCAUCAAUGUUGUACAUGCUGGAACUUUGUUUCAUUGCUUCUAUUUCCAAUAGAAUAUAUUUUCUUUUUUCAGUGACAAGCUCCUCUGUGUGGGUCAACUUACCAACUGCCUCCUUCCUAAUCAUCCUUCUUCGUUAUUUUGUGCUGGAUCUUGAAAUGAGGAGAAAAACUGCAACAUAUGUGAACAAAUCCUUGCAUUCAAAUGCAUCGCAUCAGAAUAGACCACAUGGAUCUUCAAGGAUUGUUCAGAAGUCUCAAUGGAGGAAGAAAGUAAACUCUCCUGUUGUCGAGGAUGCAAUAAAUCACUUCAUGAGGCAUAUUGUGUCUGAAUGGGUAACAGAUCUUUGGUAUGGUCGCUUAACACCUGAUAAAGAGGGACCAGAGGAACUGGUAGUGAUAAUGAAUGGAGUCCUUGGAGAACUCUCCGCCCGUUUGAGAGAUAUAAAUCUUCUCGAUCUUCUAACGAGGGAUCUCAUUAAUCUCAUCUGUGCCCACUUGGUGCUUUUUCGAGCCACUCAAGCAAAAAUUGCACAGAAACAACCCAAUUUUCUGUCCAUUGAACAACGAGACAGGGAGCUAAAACAAGUACUCGCUGCUGAAAACAAGCUUCAUCCUGCUUUAUUUUCUCCUGAGGCCGAGCACAAGGUCCUGCAGCAUCUUAUGGAGGGAUUAAUUUCAUUUACAUUUAGGCCAGAAGAUCUAAAAUGCUCAUUCUUCCGUUAUCUUGCGAGGGAGCUGCUUGCUUGUGCAGUGAUGCGACCAGUUUUGAACUUGGCUACUCCAAGGUUCAUAAAUGAAAGGAUUGAAAUUUUUGUAGCUUCCAAGGCUAAUAUGGGGGUUGCUUUGGCGGAAGGAGCAUCCCUGUCUAAACCAAAUGAGAAUUUGAUGACCAACGAUCACUCUCCUAGAUUCCUAGAUCCUACUGGUACUGGUGUUGAGCUUGUGCCAUUGAAAACUGAUAACUCUAGAAGUCGGGAUGGUACACCUGAAACAGAAAAUGGAAAUUCAAUCCAUAUCUCGAAAGAUCCUCUACUUUCUAUUUAUACUAGGACUACACGUUCAUGGAGCUCUUUGCCCUUGCCCCCUCAAGUUAACAGUCAGGGAUACAGUCAGCUAAAUAAUUCAGGAGGACAAUGGAGUGACAUGCUAGAUGUUAUGUCCCAGAGAAAAAGUACAGCUCUGGCUCCAGAAAAUAUUGAGAACAUGUGGACGAAAGGAAGAAAUUACUAUAAAAAUGCAGGCGGAAAUGGGGUAAUUGAACAAGUACGGCAGAAGUCUUCUUCUACUAAGCCAGUUGUGGUAGAUGAUUCCAGAAAUCAGUCAAACCCCCAGGACAAGGAUGGUGUGACCAAGAAUCAUUCUCCUCUUUCUUCCAAUGCUGUUAAUUCUGUAGUUUUUAGGCAGCCUAGAGUCAAUAAACCUAUCAAUCUUGGAAGUGGGAACAGGUCUAAUUAUUCUAUGCAUGCUUCAUAUUUAGAAGAUGCUGCGGAAAGAGUGAUGAGCGAAGAGGAGGUUAUAUCUGAUUCUGGUAGUGGUAGUCCAUAUAUAUCUGAAGAAGAAGAAGAUGCAACUGAUGUCACUGGCCUUCAUUCGCCUGGGACUAAAGUUUGGGAUGGUAAAAGUAACAGAAAUAUGCCUGUUUCCCACAUUCAUCAUCCUCUUGAAAAUCCAUUGGGCCAUGAUUUAAAGAGGCCUAGCAAAGAGAAAGUUCGACAUCGGAAAGUAUCUGGACUGUAUACUGGCAGGAAAAGGUCAAGAUCAAGUACUCCGGGGCAACAUGUUUGGCAAGAAGUUGAGAGAACGAGUUUCUUGUCUGGAGAUGGCCAGGAUGUACUCGGUGCAAAAGGAUGCACCAGACCUGACGAUUCUACAGAUGAUUCUGAGGUCGAAAGUUUGAGUAGGCUUUCAACUGGAACAGCGGCUUGUUCAUCCACACCCUCCCUUCCUAAUGUCGAAAUUCAUACCCCUUCUGCAAGUGCUAUGAGAGCAAUGAUGUUAGACUCUUUCUUUAAGUUGAGAUGCGAGGUAUUGGGUGCUAAUAUUGUGAAGAGUGACUCCAAGACGUUUGCUGUAUAUUCCAUAUCAGUUACUGACGUUAAUGGUAACAGUUGGUCAAUCAAGAGAAGGUUUCGUCAUUUUGAGGAGUUGCAUCGACGUCUUAAAGAGCAUCCAGAGUAUAGCCUUCAUUUGCCACCAAAGCAUUUUCUCUCAACAGGUUUAGAUGUGCCUGUCAUUCAAGAACGUUGUACUUUACUUGACAGAUAUCUCAAGAAGCUGCUUCAAACUCCUAAAAUUUCAGGAUCUAUUGAAAUCUGGGACUUCCUUAGUGUUGAUUCUCAAGUAUCCUUUUUGUCCUUUACAUACAGUUUCUCAAGUUCCUUCUCUAUCAUCGAAACAUUGUCAGUUGACCUUGGGGAUAAGGCAUCUGAAUAUAGUGAGAAGGCUGUAAAUUUUACUGGAACUGCAACAGACCCCUUCAACAGAAAGGACCUGCUAAAAAUGGAGAAGCCUAAUUUUGCACCACCCAACGUCAAGGAGAGUAGGAACAAUGCCCCAAGUUCUAUGCGCAACAGGCCUGGUAAAGAUUUCCCAAAACCUCUUGAAAAUUCAGGCAGUGAUUCAGAUGUCCAAAGCAAUAUUUCACGAAUCAGAAAUUUAGGCAAUACUGCAGAAAGGAGUGAAAGCAAUGGCUUGCAGGAUGCAGCGAAGUCGCUUUUUGUAGAUUCUAAUAUUCCUCCUGAGUGGGUGCCACCAAACCUAGCACUCCCUCUCUUAGAUUUGGUUGGUGUCAUCUUCCAGAUGCAAGAAGGUGGAUGGAUCAGGAGGAAAGCAUUUUGGAUGGCUAAACAGGUGUUACAACUGGGAAUGGGGGAUGCUUUGGAUGAUUGGUUGAUAGAGAAAAUCCAGCUCCUUCGUAGAGGUUCUGUCAUUGCUUCAGGGAUCAAGAGGGUUGAGCAGAUACUCUGGCCUGAUGGGAUAUUCAUAACCAAACACCCAAGUCGACGGCCACCAUCUCCUGUCGAUACACCCACUAGUUCCCUUCACAAGGAGAAAAAACUAGUGAAUACUUCUUCACCAAAACCAAGUCCAACUUAUACCCGACAACCCUCAGUUUUGGCUACCCCCCAAUUGAGUGAGGAUCAGCAAAGGGAAGCAGAGAGACGUGCCAAGUUUGUUUAUGAACUAAUGAUUGAUAAUGCACCAACUGCAGUAGUAGGUCUUGUUGGCCGAAAAGAGUAUGAGCAGUGUGUCAAAGAUGUAUACUUCUUUAUUCAGUCACCAGUUUGUUUGAAGCAGCUGGCUUAUGAUCUCAUCGAGCUGGUGCUUCUGUCGACAUUUCCAGAGAUGGAUUAUGUGUUCAGGCAAUUGCAUGAAGAAAAGAGCAAAUUUGGGGAGCUUAAAUCAGAGUGAGUCCCCAUUCAGUUUGGAGAACAGCUUGAGGUAUUCUUCAUGUACAGUGGGAUUGAUGCUUGCAUACCUCCUGAAGCCAGCUUGGCUUUCAUCGUGUGGCCGCUCUCUGCAGCUUGAUCCUAGUCCUCACUAGGAGUUUUUGCCAAUCGGAAUAUCACCUCUUUUUACCUUCUGCUUAUACGGAUACACAAUUGUAACACGACUUGAGUGAAUUUUGUGUACAUUUGUGAGAUGAAAGGAGUAGAGAUUUAGUGUGAAGCUAAUAGUGAUACACAGCCCAUUUCAUUCUUUCCAUUGUCGUGGUGAUACCGAUUUAAACCUUGCUUCAUACCGCUGGUCGCUCGAGGAAGGCAAUGGUAGUGUCACUAGACCUGAGAGUCGAUACAAAGGGAUUGGUACCUUGGUUCAUGAAAACCCUAUGGAUCAUGAAGCAAACAAAGAGCAAAC